UUUUUUGGUAUUUACUUUAUGAGAAAGCAGUGUAUGAAAUGGACUAAAUUCACUUUUCAGAGUGAUUCUGAAAUUCAAAAGAUAAGCAAUUUAAGAGUUAGAUUUUUUUUGUGAUUUUAUGUGAAUUUUGGAUUUUGGAUGAUAUCUACACUACCAGUCAAAAGCUUUUGAACAAUUGUAAUCUCGUGUCGCGUUGCACCUGCUCCGUGCCGACAGGGGUCGGUAGAUCACUGUUUGUGAUCUGGUAGAGUGAUGAUAAAGGUCUGGCUCUCCGGUUGCAUAUUGUUGGACACGGAACUCCGGAUGAGCUUAGAAACUGGCAGUGAGAGCCGGUUUUACUUACCUAGACAAGACGAGACGAUACUUGUCCUCUCGCUGAACAGGUUCAGUGCCCGUCAUGAUCAUCCAUAGCGGAUAGGUGAAGGAGUGUGCGUGCAUGUGGCCACAGGUGCCGCAAGAGGACCAUGGAGCCUGAUGUCAUCCGUCUGUACUCUUCCUCUCCACCUCCAAUGGAUGAGGCUGGAGAGGAAGAAGAGGAGGAUGAGUUUGGAGAUUUUGGUGGUUUCGAUGGUGGAGGGGUGUCGUCCAGUUUCAGCUUCUCAGAGCUCGACACACCCACAACAUUUAACCAAUCAAACGCACUGGAGGACUCCCCACCCGACCUGUACAUCAAAUCCAUGCAGAAUGUCACUGUAUCAGGGAGUGGAUGGGAUAACAAGAAAAAAAUGGUAGGAGAAUCAAUCAAGAGUGUUGGGAAAACAGAGAAGGAAUCGCCUGAGAUUCUCACAAAUGGUGUGAUGUCCUCCGACCUACAGACGGAGCUCUCUGGUCAGAACUCUCCUUCGAUACUUCCCGAUGUCCAAAACAGCAGCACGGGUGAUGAACACAGCCUUAGUAACGGCUACAAUGAGUCUUGUGCAAAUUCAAAGUUGUGCUUACAAAGCACAGGCACUGAGGAAAGCUCUGAACUAGACGUCAUUGUAGCUGAUAUGUUAGACAGAAACCAGUUAAUGAACCAAAUGGACAACCUGCCAGACCCGAACAAUCACUCGUCGCAUGAGGAAACUGAACCUGGAGAGACGGAAAUGAGACUGGAGUUAUGUGAUGACUCCCAGUCAUUUGCUUCCUGUGGAGAUGCACAGGAGGCUGAAGGUGAGGAGGAACAAAUGGAGAACUUUGUUGAUUGUGGUGACGCAGACUGUCUAGACAGGUCUGCGGACUGUGUUGACAUAGUCGAAACAGAGACGACCCCCUCAAUGGAUGUGGAUGUAAUCUCUGAAACACAGCUGAGGGGAGACACAAGGGAAAUUAAUGAAUCAUCUGCAAAUGCAGAGGUGGAAGUAGAUGAGGAGGAUGAGACACAUGUAGACCCCACAGCCGAUGAGGAUUUUGGUGAUUUCAGAGACGCAACUCAGGGUUUCGCAGACUUCAGCCAAACUGAAUCUAUAACCCAGGAAGGAUUUCCUGAAUAUGUCACAGCGAUGUCCAGGUGCUCAACGGAUGAUGAGUUUGGUGACACGGACACCCUGAAGGACUUCAAGGAUGACGAUGAGCUGGCUGAGGAAGCAACAGAUGUUCAACAAAAAGAUGAAGUAGCUUUUUGUUCUGAGUUGCCUCCUAGUGACAGUUUUGCUGACUUCAGUUCAGCUCCAUUUGGAGGUGUGGCAGAUGGAGGGGAAGACAACUGGGCUGCAUUUGGACCACAGGAAGCCACUGAAGAGAGUCAGGAUUCAUGGGCCACAUUUGGGGAUGAACAGAGUACUUACCUGGGUAAAGAAGAACAAGAUUUUGAGACGUCGGUAGCACCCUCUAGUGAUGACAUCCAGAGCAGCACUGCUGAUUUUAGCCGCAAAAUACAGCAUCUCUUCAGAACCACCUUCCCUUCAGACAUCCGUCCUGAGGUCAGCGGGGUCACUGAGGUCUUGCCCCUCCACAGAUUCCUACAGGCUCAGGAUUCUCAGGAGCAAAGGGAUUCAAGCAGCUCUUUUGCACAGGAGAAUGCAUUGGCCAUGUGGCGCCACCUUCAGGACAUCCACGGCACUCACGGCCUUAAGUACAAGUGGGCUGGUUCCCAUAGCAACAGAAUACUUCUGGAUUGCCUAGGAAUCAGGAAUAUUUUGUUCACUGGAGACAAGAAGCAGCCAGUGAUCGUGCCUAUGUUUGCUGCUGGACUGGGAAUGCUGGAACCCACCAAAGAGUCUCAAAAAUCUCCAGCCUCCCCUGCACUUUCCCCUUCUGCUCCUGUGGAGAGUGGAAAUAUUCUAUGCACUCAGGUGGUGCCCUCUUUGGCCAUUAGUAUUGACGCACAAGAUGGUGGAAUAUCAGAGCUAAAUUUGGACUAUUUUGGUCCUGUGGAUGAAUGUAGCUCAGAUAGUGAAACUGACACCCCACUACCAGGUGUUGAUCCUGAGAUAUAUGAACUGACAACAGCUAAAAUGGAGAACAACAGCAUUGGUCGCAACAUUGCAGAUGCAUUUACAAAACUCAUGGAGUCUAUGGAGAAAAACAGAACAACAGCCAGGAAGCCAGAAAGGGAUGAAAAGAUAAGUGAAGAAGCAGCAAAGGUCAUCUCUCUUCUCCCUGACCUGUCCUUCAUGCAGUCCAGGGUUCUAAUGUUCCCCGCCAUCCUAACUCCAGCAGCCAAUCACAUUUAACUGAAACACGGCAUCAGCCAAUCACCUGACAGCCUCAUCAGCUCCAAAAACAAUUCAAGUCACUAUUUCUUCCAUUUUAAAAAAAUUAUAUUUAAUAUAAAAAUUUUAAUCUUUUAAAAGCUGCCUAUUUCCACAGUUGUGAAAUGUUUUAACUGGACCAGCUAUGUGUGAAAACUGAUGAUUUUUCUUUAGCAGUAAAGACAUUUCAUCUUUUAUACACAGUAUUUAGAAGAACAUAAUCACCUUUAUGUCUGAUACAUGACUUAUGGUUUUAUUUUUGAGUGCUGUUUGUGAAAAUGUAAGUUCUCUUCUUAAAUGGUACUUUGAGGUGAAAUGCAGAAUUGCACAUUUUACUACUUGAAACCAGAGACUGUAAAUGAAUACUAACCCCUGGUCCCUGUUUGAUAUACAUACAUGCAUACUACCAGUCAAAAAGUUUACUUUACAGUCUAUUUGAAUGUAUUUUAAAAUGUAAUUUAUUCCUGUUAUUUUAAAGCUGAAUAUGUAGCAUUGUUACUCCAGUCACAUGAUCCUUCAGAAAUAAUUCUAAUAUGCUGAUUUGCUGCACAAAAAAUAUUUAUUAUUAUUAUUAUGUUGAGUAGCUGAGUAGAGUUUUUUUCAGGUUUCUUUGAUGAAGUUUUUUAAAUAUUGAUGAUAAUAAUAAAUGUUUCUUGAACAGCAAAUCAGCAUAUUAGAAUGAUUUCUGAUGGAUCGUGUGACACUGAAGAUUGGAGUAAUGAUGCUGAAAAUGUAGCUUUGAUCACAGGAAUAAAUUACAUUUUAAAAUAUAUUCAAAUAGAAAGCAGCUAUUUAUAUAGUAGACAUAUUUAACAAUAUUACUGAUUUUGCUGUAUUUUGGAUCAAAUAAAUGGUGAGCAGUAAAGACAACAAAUCUUACUGUUCAAAAACUUUUGACUGGUAGUGUGUGUACAUAUAUGUAUAUAUAUAUAUAUAUACACAGUGCUUCCUUUAAUUGAUUUGUAACUACGUGCUUUUAGGCCGUUGUUCGCCUUCUAACCAACCUUUUGUUUUACUUCCAGUAGUUGAUUUAUUUAUUUUGUUUUACCACAACUGACAAGCACACCUGAAAAGACUACAUUAUAUUGCAGUUUUGGUCAUUUCAAUAAGGGAGCUGCGUUGUUCUGCAUGUCUGCUUUUUUUAUUUUGUAUUUUGGUUGUUUGUCUAUGUCUUGUCACUGUAUUAUUUUUAAGGUGGAGCUUUUGCACAGUCUGAUAUAAUAUGAAUAUGACAGCAGUGCUAUGACCUCUUAAAGAAAGAUGGUUUGUUCUGUUCCUGUGGAAAAAAAAUGUAUAUAAAGGAAGCUGUGUCUUUGUCUUCUGUUUUAAAUUGUAUUUUAAAAUUUAACAAUAAUAAAAAGGCUUAAAAAUUA